UCUGUGUCGGUAUAAUAAAUUAAUAAUAAUCCGUGACGUUGACUUACGACGAUAACGUAAUCGCUUGAAAUAUAUAUUGCCAAUGGAACAGUUUAACAAUAACAUCCAAACAUCGUCGUACGGCGUUCGUGACGUAAGCACGUAACAUCGUCCCACUUCCAAUCGAGUUCGGUUAAAAAAAAUUUUACCAUAACGUUUACCCGGAUCAGUUUCUGUUAUCUAUCGUCGAUUAUACUGAUAUUAGUAUAAAUACUAUAUUAGUAUUUAGUUCACUCCCGACGUUGGUUAGCGGAGGACGGUGGCUGAUUGCUAGGCGAUAAUUAAUUACCAUUUACCACGUAUCUUGAGAACAUAUUGCUCAUACAAAAUUGACCAUGGACCGAGAUUCAAAAAAACUAUUCCAUAAAGUUAUCGUCGACUUAUUAUGCUUAGGUUCAGUUGGAUUUCCAGUAUUGAUGUUUUAUAUGUUUGGCUCUCCGUAUCAAAGAGGAUUCUUCUGUGGCGAUGAAUCUAUUCGAUAUCCAUUUAAAGAAUCAACAGUUUCAUCAAGUAUUUUAUAUACAGUGGGAUUAGGACUACCCACAUUAGUAAUUUUAUUUAUUGAAUAUUCACUGCGAAACAAUGAACAAUCCCGUUAUUCGUUAUUGGGAACACCUAUUCCUAAUUGGCUGUAUUCCGUGUACAACAAUAUAUUAUGGUUUUUAUUUGGAGCAGCUUGUUCACAACUAACUACAGAUAUUGGUAAAUAUACAAUAGGAAGAUUGAGACCACAUUUUUUAGACAUUUGUAAGCCCAACGUGGACUGUACUGCUGACAUCUAUGAAACAAAAUACAUCGAAGAUUUUACAUGUCUUGGAAAAAGACCCAGCAAAUUUACCGAUAGUAGAUUAUCAUUUCCUUCUGGGCAUUCUUCAUUAUCUUUUUAUGGUAUGGUUUACUUAGCGCUAUAUUUACAAGCCCGAGUUAAGACAUCUAAAUAUGGAAUGGCAAGAAGUUUAGCUCAAUUUGUGGUUAUUUUGAUGGCAGCGUUUUGUGCACUAUCUCGAGUCAGUGAUUAUAAACAUCAUUGGAGUGAUGUAUUGGCUGGAACAAUUUUGGGAAUUACCACUGCUACUAUAACUGCAUUAUACGUAUCGGAAUUAUUUGUGUCAAAAUAUAAAUCCCUCCGAAAACGCAAUUCUUCAGCAGACGACAUCGAAACUACAAAUAAUUUACAAACAACCGAACUCAAAUAAA